AUGGGAACGCUCUACACAUUCUGCAUCGCGCUGUUUGCGGCGAUCGGGACUUUUCUAUUUGGUUUUGAUACCGGCAUAGCAACAACCACGAUCGCCCAUGAAAGCUGGAUAGAAUACAUGAACAAGCCUUCAGAGGCGUUGACAGGCGCUGUAGUUUCCGUUUAUAUCGCUGGCGAGACGAUUGGUGCCCUGGCCCAGAUAGCUGUUGCCGACAAGCUAGGACGCCUGCGAUUCAUGCAAGUCAUGUGCGUCGUGGUCACAAUAGGCACAGUCAUCCAGACUGCCUCUGUUAAUAUCGGCAUGUUCCUGGCAGGGCGAGCUCUCGCUGGUACAGCCGUGGGAGGACUUGUCGCUACCGUUCCUAUUUACCUCAGCGAGAUCUCUCCUCCCUCCCAUCGGGGUCUCAUCGGAGGAGUUUCAGGAUGUGGCAUAUCCUUCGGAACCAUGGCUUCCAACUGGGUUGGAAUGGCUUGCGGUUAUGCGCCCUAUGGGGCGACACAGUGGCGUCUCCCUCUCGGAAUCCAGAUCCCGUGGGGUGUUGUUUUACUAAUCGGGCUGGCCACCUUCAUGCCCAAUUCGCCUCGCCAGCUUAUCCGCAGUGGAAAGGUGGAUGAGGCCCGCAAGGAGUUCAUCAAAAUUCGUCGGGACUUGCAGUCCCACGAGGUACAGGAUGAGUUCCUGCUCAUGAAGACACAGAUCGAGUUUGAGAUGGAGCGUGAGAUCAAAUCGUACCGAGAGAUCUGGUUGCUGUUUAGACGACGUGCGCUUGUAUCCAUCGCAGUCCAGACUAUGACCGCUUUGACAGGUGUCAACGUCAUCCAGUAUUACCAAACUAUAUUGUACAAGGCGCUCGGCAUAGGCUCCACUAUGAUUCUCGCCCUGUCUGGUGUAUAUGGCACUAUUGCGUUCGGUUCCAACGUACUCACAACUCUAUUUCUGACGGAUCAAUGGGGUCGCCGGAAGAUGCUUCUAACAGGGCUGAGUUGCAUAAUCGUCAUCGAGAUCUAUGCCGCCAUUAUGCAACGUGAAUUCCAGUACACCAAUAACACGGUAGGCAAAGCUUUCGCGGUUCUGGGAAUUUAUCUGUUUGUCAUUGCAUACUACGGGAUGCUCAACAGCACAACCUGGCUAUACGGCGCAGAGGUCUUACCUAUUGCUAUUCGAAGCAAAGUCAUGGGCCUGGCCGCAGCGUCUCACUUCAUUGUCAACGUUGGAAUUACGGAGGCAGGACCGAAAGCGUUCGCCACCAUCCACGAAAAUUACUACUACGUUUUCGUGGGCUGUACUCUCUUCUUUCUUUGCAUUGCCUACUUCUUCUUUCCUGAGACCAAAUUGAAGACCCUUGAAGAAGUCGCAGCGGCCUUCGGUGAUAAGGUUAUUAUGCUGGACGAACCGGACCGCGCUCCUGCAAGUCCAACGCCGGACAAUGUCUCCAAAUUGAACUCAGGAGACAUUGAGCGCAAGGAAUCGCAUUGAAACUGAAAUGCUAUGUCAUGCCACAACGGCUUUGUCAUCUUACUCAAGAUGACCUCGAGGGCCUGCCUUCUUAUGGCGUACGGGUCUUGUUUAGUUGCCAGAGAUUACAUAUCUGCGCCUCCAUGCUGUUAGACUUUGGGGACCUUUGAUACCCAACGCAGUCCAUUUCUCUUUCCUUUCUUACUUCAACUUGAAGAUGUGGUGACUACAAGAUCGCACGACGGCGGGCAGUCAACUACAAUACCACGGGAUCGCGUGUUGAUGCAUCUGAAAUUCUGAU